AUGCCCGACAGACAGAUUCAGCUCGUCCGCCUCGCGCACGUCUUCUACAAGCACAAGAACAUUGACGCCGCUCGCAAGUUCUACGACGACUUUGGCUUCUUCGAACUCGAGCGCAAGGGACACCGGACGUACUACCGCGGCUAUGGCACCGAGCCCUUUGUAAUAUGCGCCGAGGAGGCUGCGGAGGACGAGUUCGGAGGUCCUGCGUUCGUUGUGGAGUCGCUGGAGGAUCUCGAACAAGCGUCCAAGACGCUGCCGAGCGCGACGGAAAUCUACGACCUCAAGGACGUGCCGGGAGGCGGAAAAUGUGUCACAUUCAAAGACCCGGUCGACGGCUGGUCAUUCCAUCUUGUCCAUGGUCAGACGCCCGUCGAGAGGAGGGACCCAGGAUUCCCCAACCUCAAGUUCAAUUUCCCGACAGAAAAGCACCGCGAGGUCAACCAAAAGCAGCGCUUCACGAAGCGCCCGGCGCCGGUGCACAAGAUGGGGCACUUUGGUGUGUGCUUGACGAACUUUGACAAGGCGUACGAAUUCUACACCAAAAACUUCAACCUCUACCCCAGCGAGCUCGUCCAUGACCCGGAAAACAAGGACAAGAAGGUGACGGUCUUCUUCCGCCUCGCCCGCGGCAAGGAGUACGUCGACCACCACUGCUUCUUCUUCUUCGAGGGACCCAAGUUCCACGUCCACCACUCGUCGUUCGAGACGCACGACUUUGACGCGCAGGUUCUGGGGCACGACUGGCUGAGGCACCAGGGCCACAAGAACUGCUGGGGCGUCGGCCGACACAUCAUGGGCAGCCAGAUCUUUGACUACUGGUAA